GAGGGAGGUAGGGGGGUUGUGACUCUGAAUAAACACACUCUUUCCUCAGCUUAACUUUUUCUCUUUUCUUCCUCUCUCUCUCUCGCUCAACCCUCUCUCUCUCCCCCUUCUCUCUCUCAAGGGUUGCGGAGCUACGGCUGCCACACCCACACCGGUCGAGGGGAAAUUGGAUUGAGAAUUUUCUCUUUAGGCGUCGUCUUAGUAAUUUUCAUCAGAUCAAUCAGGGUUUGUGUUCCCGUGAAUCUAAGGUUUGGAUCGCAAACUGGGGACGUCUUAUUUGCUUCUUUUCCAUGGAAGACACCGACUCUGUUGCUUCAUUGAUGGUUUCUACAUCCUCUAAGAUACGACAGCUGCAAAAAGCAUUUGCUGAACUUGAAAGUCAUCGAGCUGUAACCCUUAACCUGAAAUGGAAAGAACUUGAGGAGCAUUUUCAUGGGCUUGAGAAAUCCUUGAAGAGGCGUUUUCAUGAAUUGGAAGACCAAGAAAAAGACUUUGAAAACAAAACAAUAAAAGCUCGUGAAAUGUUGGAGAAGCGAGAAGCAGCUAUUUUGGCCAAGGAGCAAGCUUCACUGGAGAGGCUUCAAGAGAAAAGAAACGCUGCUGUAUUUGCAAUUUUUAAUGCUAGAGAAAAGCACAGGAAGGUUUUAUCUGAGGAUUUGGCUGUUGUCUCUAAUGGUGGUCAAGAUGCACCAGGAAUGGAGAAGAAACCAGGAGAUGCUACAUCCUUGUCUGCUGAGGGUAACUUGGGUGGGUUGAAAGAUUCUCAUGAAAGUGGAAAUGUGGAGGUGAAAUCUUAUCCUGAGCUGGUUAAACUGUGUGAAGAGAUGAAUGCAGUAGGACUGCACAAAUUCAUAUCUGAUAAUCGUAAGGACCUGGCUGCCAUAAGGGAUGAAAUACCGCAUGCAUUGAGAUCUGCCCCUAAUGCAGCCCUUUUGGUUCUGUAUUCAUUGGAAGGAUUUUACCCUAUGGAGGCACCAAAUCAGGAUGUCAAGAAGGAUGCAAACUUGUUAGGUCUUCGUCGAACCUGUAUUAUGCUGAUGGAAUGCUUAAGUGUGUUGCUAACCAACUUAGACUGUGUUUCUGAUUUGAUAUCAGAAAAUAUUAAGAAUAAGGCUAAGGUAAUUGCGGAAGAGUGGAAACCAAAAUUGGAUGCCCUUGACAUGGAUGCUAGCAAUGGGAACUCCUUGGAGGCUCAUGCAUUUUUGCAACUUCUAGCCAGUUUUGGUAUUGCCUCUGAUUUUAAUGAAGAGGAGCUAUCCAGGCUAAUACCAAUGGUGUCUCGAAGACGUCAAACUGCUGACCUAUGUCGCUGUCUUGGGCUGUCAGAGAAAAUGCCUGGUGUUAUUGAAGUUUUGGUGAACAGUGGGAGGCAGAUUGAUGCUGUUAACUUGGCCUUCGCUUUUGAUCUUACAGAACAGUUCUCUCCCGUGCCUUUGCUAAAAUCUUACUUGAAGGAUGCUAGAAAGGCUUCUUCUCCAGUCAAAAGUGUCAACUCUUCUCCCACAUUGCAGGUUGAAGUUAAUGAAAGAGAGCUGACUGCUCUCAAAGUUGUAAUCAAGUGCAUUGAAGAGCAUAAACUUGAAGAGCAGUAUCCUCUGGAUCCUCUCCAGAAACGAGUCCUUCAACUAGAAAAAGCCAAGGCUGAUAAGAAGAGAGUAACUGAAACGACAAAGCCUCAACCCAAGAGACCCCGUGCUAAUGGUGUAGGAUAUGGUCCCCGUGUUACUAACAUUGCCCCUGCUGACAAAAUUUCCUAUGCUAGAGUUGCUGAUAGGUACCCGCAGUAUGUGUAUGACAGACCUCCCUAUAUGUACACUGGACCAACCGACAAUCACUGCCCACCAAUCAUGAGUUCCGGGGCUUACAACCUCUCUCCUAAUCAUGGCAACUACUUUGGAAAUGGCUAUCAGUAUCAAGCGACAUACCUCCACUAGUUAGCAGAGAUGUUGAACAGGUGACUAUGAUCCUUUUGCUUAAUGUUUAGUCUUAACCCGCUGAACUGUUGGAUGUUGCACUUUAUCAAUGUAGUAUUUGUAAUCACUAAGACGAGAAACUUAAAACAUUUAGCUGUUGUACUAGAUGAUAUUCUGAUCUUCUAAUGUAUGAACUAUGCUCUCGUUUUGUACAACGCUGCUGUAUAUGCUUUUCUCUUUAAAUGUGUACUAAAACCUAACUGUCUAUGCUUCUGAUGCACUGCAUGGAAUUUCACU